AUGGCUCCGGGACGCGAGCGCGACGACUCCGAUGGCGGCGACGACUCUCAGGGCGAGGAGAACCUGAGCACUUUGGCAGCCCAAGAGCAGCUUCGAGCACGUCUGUCUCGCAAACGCACGAAGACUGGCUGUUUGACAUGUCGCAAGCGUCGUAUCAAGUGUGGCGAAGAGCGACCCGUUUGCCGAAACUGCAUCAAAAGUAAGCGGCACUGCGAAGGCUACAACCAGCGUGUCGUCUUCAAGCAGCCUUUCUACGACUUUCAGGCUGCACCAAAUGGCGCCGCUCAUAUCACGUUCCAGGCUGGACUGCUACCAGGGCCAGCGACACCGUUCUAUGCUGGAUUUCCACCACCGGCCAGCGGAAAUCUUGUGAUGGCACAGCUGCAGCCACGGCCGGUAGAGCAGUUCGUACCCCAUGGUGACCAAACACACUCGUUUCCUGCGCCAGCUCAGCCGCAGAUGUAUCAUCAGGGGCCUUACUCGAAUGGCGGUGCAAACCAUGGCGCGGCGACACUAUUGCCAAUUCAGCUGUUGCAACCACACCCGCCUGUACCUCUGCCAGUAGCCAUGCAAGCCGCGUCUAUGCCCGCGGCACAUCACUAUCCAGCUCCACAGUACACCGGCUACAAUUCCGAACCUGUCCACGCACAGUUCCCUCCCAACGGCUUCAGCCCUAAUGCUCAGAGCCAUCAAUUUGUGUCAGCGCCAUUGAUUCCUGCGCAACCCCCGCCAAUGGAGCAGUUGCAACCUCCGCAGCUUAAGCAGAUAUAUACACCUCCCCUGUCCGCUACGCAGUCGGAGAGGACACCGCCUUCCCGGGCGGCCACUGGCCCCAGCUUCCGCCGGUCAAUGCAGAGUCCGCGGUCGGGUCAACAGCAGUAUCCAGUGCGGGCUGCCACGCUCAACGGAGACCAACGAAAUUAUCCUCCUCCCCAGGGAUAUGCUCUGGGCCAUCCUGUCACACCAGAAUAUUAUGAGCAUGAGACGCACCUCCCUUUGUCUGAGUCGCCAACCCAACUUUUAAGCCAAGCAGCCGUGGAGGUUCACGAUGAGGAUUACUAUGAUGUUCAGUCAGACGAAGAGAUGGACAUCGACACGAAGGCGAUGGUCGCAAUCGGCCGGACGUCCAAUGGCCGGCUUAGUCGAAUCCUGGACGGCAACCACAUUACGAUACAUGAUUCGCAUACCAGGAGAUACGAUACAUUCUUGUACGAUGGUAUGGUGGAGAAAUACCGAGUCGAGGAACAUGCCAACCCACUCAAUAAUCCAGCUACCGCAAGAGUCUUUGCACACUUCAUAUCCGUGACAGGUCCGAGCCUCUCCAUAUUCGAACGACAUCCUCGGAAUACAUCUGUACUCUUCACGACGGGGCAGAUACCAGUAACGCAGCAAGGCCUCUGGACAUACACUAUGCCGCUCGCAGCAUUGCGCAAUCAAGGUCUCCUCCAUGCCAUGCUAGCACUCGCGAGUCUACACAUCGCGAGACUCACCGGGGCAUCAGUCACACCUUCAAUGCAGCAUUACGCGUGGGCUCUCAAGCGAAUCCAUAGCUGUGUUGGUGACCAGAAGAAACGUCUCAGGCUCACGACCGUGGCAGCUUCAAUGCUUCUAGGCUUUUACGAGAUUAUGACGGCGGAUCAUAUGAAGUGGAAUACUCACCUAGCAGGCUCGAAGCAAUUGUUUGUAGAGACAGAUUUCGUGUACAUGAUGCAACAAUUUCGGCAUAUGAAGCUCGAUGCCCGUGCUCGAGAGCAGAUGGGACAGCGGCGGCAGUCGACUUCACCGAUCAGUCCGUCACCCGACGAGCUGCUGGAUCAGAUACCAGAUGUUGACGAGCGAGUCAUCAGUACUUUCGCCGGAAGAGAAGUAAGGUACGGCGAUCACGGGCAGGUCAUGACGCCAAUCUCAUCGAUCCCACAAGAGCUGGAUCUGAGCAAGUUUGAGAUCCUCAAGGACCUGUACUGGUGGUACUGUAAACAGGAUGCCUAUCAGAGCAUCAUUAGUGGCAACCCUCUCCUGAUGGACUUUAGCCGCUGGGCGGAUUGUCCCCCGCGAGCACAGCUUGGCAGGCCAGACGCUAUAUAUGGCACUUUCGAUCACCUCGUACUUCUCAUUGGACGUAUCGCGGAUUUCGCAGCACGCGAUCGAACCCGAAAGCUCAAGCAGAUGGAGCUGAACGGUGGACAAUGGAGACCUCCAUCUGGUAUGCAGAUGCCUGCACCACCUCAAGUCCCUCCCGCAACAUCGGUGUCGGCCAAUGAUGGGGGGAUAACGAAUGGACACCAUAUGCCGUACGCACCCACGCAGGCGACACCAGCACCAGUACCAGCGCCACCAAUGUUCUAUGGCAUGGCCCCUGCACCGAAUCCGCAUGUACAAAUGCCCUCUGCUUAUCAUCCAGCCUUUACUACGCCGAUGUCAAAGAAGGCCACCCCGCACGACCCAUUCGUAGAUAUCCAUAUGGCGACGCAGGCCGCCCUCCACGAAUAUGGUUGUAUACGAGCCGCCUUGCAUGAAUUCCAGGCCAGCCUCGGUGAAGCAUUCCAACCGCUCUCGCCAGAGUUCCAGCUGCCGUACGAGACUCCCUUUGGACUAUCUGUGUGCUAUCGAUCUUUCGAUAUUGCUUGCCUGUGGGCCAUAUACAAUAUGACCAUGAUCAUCGCCAUCCGAUCACAUCCUCAUAUGCCUCCAGCAGCUCACAUGGCAGCUGGCGUCGCAGCGAAGGAUACCAAGCAUCACGCAGAGGAGAUUGGCCGUAUAGUCGCUGGAAUCGUACCCGGACCGGCAGACCAACCUCUCAAUCCUAGUCUUGGCGCAGCAUUGUGCGAAAGCUGUAUGCCAUCCUUUUUCGCUUCGGUACAGUAUCUUGACCAUCAGCAACGAAUUGUGACAGUCGAUCGCAUCUAUACCAUCGCACAUCGGACUGGGUGGGGUACGGCAGAGCUGAUUGCUAGUGGAUGUGAGACAGCUUGGGUCAAGGCCGCAGAGGCAGGCCGAGGGCCACCGUAUCAGAGACUCUUUGCUCGGAAGCAGCAGAGUGAUGACCCUAGACUGAAUGGAAGCUGGGAGCGGUUGGACCCUAACGCGAGUCCAGAUGACAAGGAUGAUACUGAUCGGCGGCAUGUUCGUCGCAAGGCUCAGGCGAGGUUGAAUUGGGCUAUUGGGAUCUUAGGAACUGCUGAAGAUAAGCCCUUGAUUUAG